AUGGCGGAAUUGCAGAUUUUUAAAGAACCAAUUUGUCAAUCAACAUGUAUGUCUCAUUGUUGCAAACUAUUUUGUCAUUGCAACGUAUCACGCCCAGGGGUUAAGAAAUGCACGGCGCUAAUAAUUUUCUCCGAAAUUUUAUCCACGACGCCAAAAAAAGAUCAAGUAAAUUUCGGGCUGUUUUGUGAGUAUAUUUGAAAAAAUACGUUGUUUUCACCCAUCCAAAACUUAUCAGAAACCACCCCGCCAGUUUUUAAUUGUUAUCUGCAUGGAGUUGGGAGUAUUAUGCAUUGAAAACAUUCUUUUUUUAGUUAUGGAAAUGUUCACAUCAAUCUGUCGGCAUCGCACAAAAAAAGUUUUUUGGAAGAAAUGGAGAAUAG